CAGCCCCAUCAGUGAACACUUUCAAGAAGAAGCUGGACCUUCACUGGAAAGCAAUGUGUCAGGAUUAAUACAGGUUCACCAAUCUACUAUCCUUAUUACUGAAGACUGAAAUCACAGCGCGUCAAUUGGUUGGUGCGUUAUGAUGUUGAUAAGUGGCUGUUAAAAUGUUUAACUUUUAGGUACAGGAGCAGUUUUUUAAUCAUGCAUUUACGUGUUGCGUCAUAAUCACAUUGGAGGAGUGAUCACAGCAAUUGUGUACGCAUUCUCGAUAGUAUCGAAAAAAUGGCUCAAAAUCGUUUGCAAUGGCGCAGGUGCAUACAUUCUUUGUGUUCUCCAAAAUUCUAAUCUCCUGAUUCCUCCUUGUCUCUUUUUCUUUUCCCAAAUUCAUUUCACUGGAUCAUACUCUUUAAAUAACAUCUUCAAAACUUAAUCUUCCCGAUCACUGCUUAUACUCUUACCCUUACCUCUACCACUACGGGAUUUGAAUUGACAACUGCAUCUCGGUGCUAAUGUGGUGCGACAACUAGACUGGUGUACGUACGUACGUACGCUUAUCGUAAGGGAGUCUAGAAAGACCCUUCACUAAUUUCGUUCCCAAACGCUGGACACGCUCAAGGGUGUUAGUAUCCUUUACCAGACACGGGCUAACUGCUUGGAUACAGUACUCUAAGUGUGGUCUUACAUAGGUGGGAUAUGUGUAUUGUACCGACAUCUUUAGUAGACUAGUAAUGCUGUCGGUAAGAUACUGAAUUGUUGUGAGAAUCGAUAGUAGAAAGCAGUAAAAUUACAGUAGGGUAGUUGUUUUCUAUGGUUAAUCACACUUCUCAUACUAUAUUAUUCAUUAUGGAAUAAGGUUAAAUUUACACAUUAAAAGUUUGAAUAGAGUUGUAUGUUGGGGUUGUUAUUUCGUGGGAUGCUUAUCACGAACUAUGGUGCUUUAUCGUCCCUCUUUUUUCUAACCUAAAAACCUUGCCGCUAAGAUUCAGGGUUUGAAGUAAAGAAAUGGUAAGCCUCAUAAGCACAUUCAAAUAUGCAGAGAAUAACAUCAAUUACUCUGUUACUCAGGCUGCAUCAGGAGCAGAUAUUUCUUUUCAUUCAUUCACGUUUGUUGCAUAGUUUACAUUUUCGUCAAUUUCAAACAUUUUGCUGGCCAAAUAUUGGCAAUUUUUAUCUGAUUGGUAAAAUCAUACAAGUUCUUGACUUUGAGCAGUAAUGUAUGGGGCUCUAUCGUAAUUUUGAUCGUUUCAAUCAACACCGUCGGUGUUGUGCUCUACUGUAUGGUGUAUUUUUGUGAUCGUAUGAUUUUCUUGAGCACAUGUACUCCUCAUAAACUUGAGUGUCAUGAUGAAUUGUCCCGGCACAUUAUCUCAAGCCAAUAAAGGGAACGAGGAUAUCCAGAACUUUCAAUAAUAAUGUUAAAGUUCAAAAAGCAUUUAUCUUUUUACGAAAUAAGGAAUGUGCAGACACCCGACCAUUAUCUCCUUUCGCUGGUUCCAACAGUUAGUUAAAUGCUAUGAAUGGAACGUCUCUCCCACCGUAUACAUCAAAUUAGCUGUGGCUAACAUUGUAUGAUAUGUUAUAAAUUAUUGUAAGUUAAAUCAGUACCACAUUUUCACACUUGAGGCAUCUUUGGUGCAACACCUGUGACGGCAUGCUUUCUCUGACUAAUGGCAGAACCUCAAGUGAUGUAUUAGGUAUCGUUCCAAAUCCGUAUUAUCGAGACCUUUCUUUGUUGAUUUUUGGGUAUGUGCAUAUGGUUUAAUAAUGUUCAGUCUUAUUUUCUUGAUAGUUGUACACAUUCAUGAUAGAUAUUUACAUUCUCAUUACUUAUGCUAGACUAUUAAGAGUAAGUACGUUUGCAAAGUACUCCCUGUACAUACUGCUGAAUUGAACUCAUUUCGAUCAAGAAUUUCACGUUUUCAAUCCAGAUAAAAUCAAUGUAUUGAAUGACAGUCUGAGAUAAACUGGGAAGAACCAAAGGGGUACUUUUAAGUUCUAGUAUAGUCAACUUUUAAUGGUGAGUCGUUAAUAAAACACUCUCCACAACCAUUUGAAAAUAAAUAGUACUAAAUUGAGGCAGUUGUCAUCAGAUCUUACUAGCACUUACGUGGAAUUCUCGGUAGAUAAAGCAACGUUAGAUGAUAGGCAGGUAUCACUGGGAGGUAACUAUCCUAAAUUUAAGAUAAUUUGUUCCUCCAUAUAACGGCGCAUGUCCUGUUAGCUUCAGUGGGUUACGUGAGAACAACCAUUUCCAUUUGAUUUUUAAAGGGUUCAGUCUAAUUGGUAUUCUGUCUUAUUGUUGCUGCUGUUACCUGUACUUUUUUGCUUUGGCCAUUUCAUAUCUCAUAUAUGUUUGUUGACUGGAUUGUUUUGCUCUACGGUCUCCUACUCAGACUGCCUUUAUCAAGACCAGAAGUCCUAUUUUGAAUUUUUCCUAAAAGUAAAUGCUACCACGAAAUAUGGUUUAUUUCCAAGUGUAUUGUUUUGUCCUUCAUGAGCCAAUACUUAUCUAUACAAUUUAAACGUGAUACAGUUAGUUUGAAAGUAGUAUUUCUUACGACUAUGCUGCUAUUGUAUGCUAGAGUCAGUUUUCGGUGUACAUAAUAAAGAUUUGGCUGGGUAACAACUUUAGUUGGCAAUUUACUUCUGAGCACGCAGCGUUCCUACCAGGAGUUCUUCAUCCGAUUUCGAAUCCGUCGCACAUAUUCGUAUAAACCACAGUAUGUCGAGGUAACGGUUGAUUCCUACCAGUAAACUUUGGUAGUGACAACAAGAAAACCAAAUUGAUUUGAAAGUUGUCUCGUAUACAAUACUUUGAAGAGUCCUGAUAUGAACAUUCAUUUCAAUGCCGCGGCAGUACCAAGCGAUCAGUCAGCCAGCUACCAUCCAGCGAUAAACCAACGGAAAGCCAGUGAAUUAAGAACUGCAGUUAGUAACUCUUACAGAUCUCUUGUAAAAUUGCCAUCAAAAGAAGUGUACGUCUUGUCAUUAUCGUUACCUUGGCCUCAAACUAUUAUUAUGAUUAUUUCAUUUCGUAUUUAAAAACGUCAUACUCUCUCCUUACUUACGUCCCAUAUCCUCAUGAUUUUAUCCGUAAUUGUUUCUGGUGUUUAACUAUUUUAACCAAGAUAUUUUGAUCAUCUUACUUCAAUCCGUUGCUAAAUUAUUAAUUUUACAAUGCUUUCUAUUUGGACAAUCAUUUAUUGUUAUUAUUCAUAUUACAUAAUCUUCCUAUGAAAUCAUCAUGUUUAUUCCUUCGUGUUUUUAGUCAAUCAGAACGUUCACGUUCCAUCUAUUCGUACUGAAAUCUGCUUUGUUGUUUCAACUUGAAAUUAUUCUUGCCACAACGGUCAUUGAUUAGGAACUAUCCCUUUUUAUUUAACUUUAUCAAAUACUUCAUUAAACUGGUUCAUUUGAAUUACUAUAAUAUAUACAACCUAAUAUUUUAUACAGCUACUAAGAUUUCUUCGAAUAAUCGUUAAUCAUGAAGUUGGAUAACAUUCGACACACAUAUAGUCGGAUAAUAUUGUCCUCAUAAAUAAAUAGUAUAUUUGUAAUAUUAAUUUUAAUUUGGUUAUUUAUUCUCAGAAGAAGUGACUUGCAUUAAGUCACGAAACGACAGAAAAUCUAAUUUUUCUACUCAUUGGGAUAUUACAAAUAUACUAUUUAUUUAUAACAAUCUACCCAAUGCUCAAUGUAUUCGAAAUUAUCAAGUCGAACCUUGGUAAUGAUACUUAUAAUAUUGUUCUCAGUUGGAUCAUUAUCUGGCUUCACUCUAAUAUACAUGGAUAUUUAUAUGAAAAUGCUAAACUAGUCAAGGUAAUUCUCGGGUCAACGAUCACAAUGAAGUAUAUUGCAUAACUAGGCAUAAUAGGUAAUAAGUAUAAAUUGGUAGUAAGAAAACGGCUGUACCAGUAGGGAUAAGAAUAGUAAAAAUUCUAGCCAAUAUUUUAAGACACAUAGGACAAAUUUAGAUAAAUAAACUAAUGAUCACGAAACACCACUCAGACCAUGUAAUGUUAGGUGUGUAAAUAAAGACGUAGUGAAUAAUGUGAACGAAAGAGAAUGAACAAAUAGAGGUAAUUAGCCAGUUUCCUAAUAGCGUCUGCUACAUGUAGGAAACGGGAUCUUACCCCAAUGGGGAGUGAUGGUGUACUAUAGAUCGCACGGAGCGAUUGGGUCUUUACUAUCACUUGAUCACUGUCAACAAGGUGUGACAAGAUAAAGCUGUGGCUCUUUCCAAACCAUUCUGGGAGAUGUCCACAUAUUCGUUAGCUAAGUUGAUUGGUAGUAAGCCCUAUAUGGACAAAUCGAACUAUCGACUUGUAUAUUUUACUUAUCAAAAGUAGUUAUGCAAAUUAUUUCAUUAUGAUCAUUGACUCAAGAAUUGUCUGGGCUGGCUUAAUAUUUUCAUAUAAAUACGUAUAUUAGAGUUAAACCCGAUUAUGAUCUCACCGGAAACGUUGUCAUUCGUUCACAUGCGUUGUUAUAAUUUUCACUGGAAAUAUCUAAGCCUACAUACAGUCCUCCGAAGAUUUAUCUAAAAGGUAUUGUAUCUAGGAUUGUUUAGAUUGAUUUAUCUCUGUAGCAUGUAACCUAUGUAAUAAAAUCUAAAUUCACGUACCGAAGUCACUUUAAAGCAUCUGACGAAUGGCUCUUAGCAUCGAAGUAAGAACCGUAAUAUCAAGUCACGGAAAAGUAUCCAACUCCAGUUGAGCUCAUUGAUCACUUUGCAUAAUAACUAUUUCACUCUUUCCCGUUGCUCUGAAAACCUAUAUUUCUCAGUAAUGUCAAGAAAAAAUAAUGAGAUGAGUAAUGCAUGACUUCAUUGAUUAUUUUGUAUACACAAAUUAUUACGAAUUCUUAUCUAUGUACGCGUAUGUGUUUGUGAGUGUCUUCACAUUUACCUGAUGACCUAUCAUUCAAGCUAGAUCCUGCAUUUUUGGUUCAGGUUUUUUUUCAUACAUAUGUGUGAUAAUUCAUAUAUACACUUUCGACUUUCAUUUGGUUCUUACAAGUACUUAUUCAUUUCAAUAUCGUUUGUUCUGUCUGGGGAACAAGCCUGUUUGAAAUAAAUCGUACUUAAUAACACUUUGUAUCGUGACUCAUUUACCGUCUCACUGGAGGUAACGUAAUCGCAAAGUUAUUUAAGUCAAUUAACAGUACUAAUUUAAUACAGAUAAGACGGCAGUAAAAAACCAUCAGCUAAAAAAACCUAAACGUACAUGUACUUUAGUUACUAUUUAACUAACAUUCGUAUGUGUAUGUUGUCAACAGUCUUAGGGGUUAGACGAAACACACAACUGUUUAAUUCUAUGCUUCCACUCAAUUUAGUUUUAUCGAUGUAAUAAACUACAAAUUUUAUUUUGAAGAUAAAAUAUAUUGACUGAUUUGGAAAUCACUUAUUAUCGAAGUGGUGAAGUUCGAACCGAUAUGCGCUAAGCCUGAAUAUAAUUUUACGUUAAACGGAAAAAUAUCUUUGUGAAGACAAUCAAAUAUAUGUGGAUGUUUCUUUCGAUGAUGAUAAAUGGUUUGUAAACAAACAAGCAAAUUAAUUGUGAAUACAGUUUUCAAGGACCAGAAUUCUGAGCAAUUUCUGAUCGCAAUGAACAAAUAUCACUACCACCAAAAAUGCGAAAUAGCAGAAGCAUAUCGAAUAUAUUGAUCAUACUAUGCUUUCCAUCAUUAAAAGUAGAAUAUUAGACGCGAAAUUAUGGUCUCUAGUCUUUGCCUUACAAAAUGUAUAUCACAGAGUAUGGUUUUAGAAUUCAAGCGCAACUAAAUCCUGUGCGGAAUUAAAUAUGAGAUCUUACUGAAAAUAACAUGACUAGUAUUUUCGAGCAACAAACUUCAAUCUCAUAAGACAGGUUACAGAUUACCCAUAAGAAAACAGGAUGAAGCAUUGAGGACAAAGACCUGGUCAUUGUUUUGUGUUCAUAAUUAGGAAAAUAAUAACUAUGUACUGUAGAGUAAACGAAACUGACGGUUGUAUUUCUGACAGAACACAACGAGACAACGAUUUCUAAGUAGGGUUUUUCUUAUUUACACUUCGAAAAUGUAUAAUAAUACCCCAGUAAAACAACUAAUGACUCCUCAUUGAGAUGUAAAAGAAAUAUAUGUCAGUUUGUCUGAUAGAUGAAGGUAACAUAGUGUAAAGAACUGUUCACUAAGAAUCCACAUAGGAAGGACAACGUAAAUGCUACUUUUUUGGUAAUAUCGAAAUCCAAAGCUACUACAAAGAAUUGCUACUGCUACUUUUUAACAGCGGUUUGUUACACAAAUGAGACUGACGACUUCAGACAUACUGCUUUGUCCCAUGAUAUUCUGUGACUAGUUUACUUUCUUCACAUUAAUAAUCUGCAAGGAGAUUUAAGUUUAUGGGACGAAUACCGUACUGCCUAAACAAAUGUACUAGACGGAUAUCCAGACAAUUGUUACCUUCACUUCAUAAUAUUGAUUUAAAGCCCUCCAAGAACAAUUGACGAAGUGCUUUGAACACUUCGUUGUUUUUAUCAAUUGAAUUUAAAGUGAAUGUAGUUUAGUGCCGAACUCUCAGUUACGCCAUCAAAGGAUAACUCAAGAUAUAUAAUAAUGAACGUAUAAACAAGUGUUAACUCUUUGUGCAUAGAUAUAUAAGAAUUCCAUUUUAGUGUUUCUCAUUAAACAAAUAGAAAUGUGAUUCAUUGCCUUCAUAUUAAUAAUAGACGUUUUCUAUAAAUUGGGCAUUAUUAACACGAAGCCAAAACUAGAAGUCCUCUAAGUUUAUUUUUGUCAUAUUAGACAUACAGAUUUUUAAUUUUCCUGUCAUCUGCUAGACGUUGACGCGUACAGACAAAUAUCAAGAACUUGCAAGUUAUUAAGCGAGUGACUUUGCUCUACAUUGGUUGUCAGAACGAAGAAAUUAAUGAGACGCUGCUCGCAUUUGCGAUCCACAUGUAAUUUAGUGUGAUAUGGGCUAGUGUAGAGAAACGUCCACAUUGUGUGGAUCAUGCACCAACUAGCAGCACUGACUGUAUACAAAAACGUUUGGUUGCAUGGUCUAUGAUUAAAUAUCAGUGGUUGUUUAUCUGUUGACGAUGCGCAAGCCAGAUAUUCAAAAUGUUUGCGCAAUAGGAUAUCUAACAAAGAUAUCGUUCAAAUAUGACAGGAAUGAUGAGAAAAUUUAGUAACGCAUGGUUUAUGCCCUAAGGUAUGCUGCUAUCACGCACUUCAUAAGAUCCAUAUAGAUAGAGGGCCAUUGAAAAUAAAGACGCACUAGAAAUUUAACCAUUAAUGUGGAUUUUCGGCAUUAUAGAAAUCCACAAUAAACAAGAAACUGUCCUUAAUAAAUUUUGUCAUCCAACAGUAUUGAUUGAACAGUGUCUAGCAAUUUAUUUGAGUAUAGGUUGCUGUGAAUGUAACUAUGCUAAACUUAUUGGUUUUUAGGAGUUCUGAAUCAUUAAAAACAUGAAAGUUUUUAAGAAGACGGGAUGAUUCACGAGAAACUAGUAUACAAACGAUUAAGCUGUUGUAAAUUUUGCACUUCACUUAUGAUAAAUAUUAUAGUUCUCAUUAAAAACACAGCGCAAUAAUAAUAGUUAUCAUUUCAAUUUAAGCCCUAUAUGAUACUGCCAUAUAUAAAAAUGACAUUAAGAUAUAUAAAUAAUAGGAGGUUGAGUACGUCCACUCCCUAUUUGACUAUUUCUUUCUAAGUGAAAAAUAUAUCGAGCAACAUUUCUCAUAUAUAAGAGUAUAGGAAUAAUUCUACGCUAACAUUCAAAUCGGUUCAUGAAAACAAAUCAGAAUCGAGAUAACACUGAAUACUAAGAAACAUAUUUGAUGUCAUCUGGUUAAUAAUAAGGUACUUUUUGAUACGUUAGAUUUGAUUUUAGAUGACUGGGAUAAAAUUGACGAGUAUAUCUUAAGCAGCAAAGCAAUUCUAAGUGCAAUUUACAGAAUGGAACAAUAUGAGUAACUUAAUUAAGGCAAUAACACCUACAACACAUGGUCAAAAAUAUUUAGAUCUAUAACGUGUGAUAAGCUACACAAAUUCAGGGAUCUUAUCGGCUUGUGCGUACAAGUUAUGAAAGGGACAGUUAGCGAGUUGAUUAUUCCCACAACAAACAUAAGUACAGCUGAGAUAUUCUAAAGACUGUGUAAAACAACGCACAAUUCGCCACACCCGCCAAAUAAAUCAUGAUGUCUAACUAGACUAAACAACUUUUAGGGAAAAACCCUACAGGACAAUAACAUUAUUUACUAAUAGCUAUGGCAUGAGGAGGCUACCAUACUUGAUUUUUGGUUGGCAUAUUAUUGCCUCACAUUCAAUUUGAAAAUGUCAUCAUCCGAACCAGGUCGCCCACGCAAUCUUUUCGAUACAUUGCGAACAUUAGUCAAAUCUGAGAAAGAUGAUACAAUUUCGCGUACACGAAAUGCGUCUUAUGGUAAUGACAGUAAUAUUUCAUUAUUAAUCAAGCCUGAGGCUAAUGAUACAUCGACAUCUCAUAUACACUUUAAUGAUCAAACUGUUAACACCAACAAUAAAACUGUUGGUUCUAUGCUGAUUCAUGAUGGUGAUCAUGCUGAUAACUUGUUGAAUCAGAGAACAGGUAUUUGCAAAGCCACUUCAUCAAUCAGGAAUGAUAUUCAGAUUUCACCAAAUCCUGCUCCAGGUUUUUCACAGAGUGUAUGUAUAUCAAAUGUAAUUGGUGCUAGUGCUGAUUUUAUAAAUUCUAAGUAUAAAUCGCCGACCACGUCUUGCACUUCCUCAACUCAGAAUAGCUGUUCUAGUGAUACCUCUGUUUCACAAAUGGGGGAUUUCCAUGCACUAUCUGUUUCGUCUAGGCGUAUGACCGUUAUUCAAGAAACACCUCACGGUACUCAUCACUAUCCUUCGAUUCCUCUGAGUUUAUCAACUAAUGGUCUUAGCGAGUCAUAUAACGAUGAUCCCGUUUUACGAGAGUAUAUUCAUAAAAAAUGUACACUACUAAGAUACCCCAUUCAGUUGGCCUUGGCAAUGUCGAAGUUGUGUUCACCAUCAAAAUUAUGUACAGUAUCUGGCAAACAAACAAAUCCCCCAGAGUUUAAUAAGAGUUCACCUCGUCACCUUUCCGAUCACGGUUACAUGGAGAUUGAUGCUAGCCAUUUUACUCUAAAUCCAUCUGCAAUACUUGCUAAAAAUAAUACUGUAAUGAUUAGUAAUAUGAACCGGCCCCGAACAAAAGCUCAAUUACGUCAUCUAAAUGUUAACAAAUCAAGUCACUCAUCAGAUAAGACAACACAAGAUUUCGCUUCACAAUCUAAAAAUAAAAUCACACAAUCAGAGGAAUGCCAAAGGCUUACACCAAUUACGAAUGAAUCAGAUGUAAUUGAAAUUCUUUCCGAUGAAGAGGAAAAAUGUGGUCCAUCCACACCACAUUACAAAAAUCCUUGUGUUCUUAAAAGUCGCCAACUUCGUCACCGAUCUCAUCAGUUUUCUAAGAAUCUCCGGAAAACAACCAGACUGUCUACAUUAUACAGGACCCAAGUUACCCCUAACUAUAAAUGGAAAUUGCGGUCAACAGAAGAUUCUGUUGGAAUUCGAUUAGUUUCUUCACUUGAUUUCGAUAGAGAUCCAGAAGCGAAACUAUCACAGACUCCACAUUGGGUUUAUACUUAUGCAUCAAGAUAUGAAAAAAGUGAAAUGAAAUCUCAUUUGUUACUUGGAGAUGUCUUACGAAUUUUAUAUUUAUUACUAGUAAAUCGUAGAAAUCAAUUAGUUUUAAGAAAUGUUUUAAAACACUGUCGACAUUAUUGUCGUAGAAUACCUUCAGGUGAUAUUCAUAUUUAUACAUCAACUGGUUUAUCACCGUUAAGAUCGAUUUCUUUACCACACUAUUCAUGCACCAUUUCAAAAUCUACUCCACUAUUUAUUGUACACUGGUAUUCUGAUAAUAUUUUAAAAGAAAUAUUAACUGUUACGUAUAGUUGUUUGCCAUUACAUGAAACUUGGUACGAUUGUUGUCCAAAAAUGUUACUGCAUACAUUAUCAUAUUUAAUUUUUAAACCAGAUGCAAAAAAGCGUAUUUUAAGCUUUGCAAAAACCUUCUCUAUUAAACCUGGACAAAUGCCAAGUGCGUUUUCAUUGUUACCAAUAAUGCGAACAAACGAGAACGAUUCUACGAAAUGUUCAUCACUUGAUAACCUACAUGGUGGCCAUCAUGAUUUGGAAUUGUAUACAAAGUUAUCUGAUUGUCUUCCAAAAUCACUUACAACUAUAUUGAAAACGAAUUUCGGUUUGCCCGUUUAUCAUAUUGCAGGAUUUGGACUGCUUAUUAAUUCUUUUCAUAACACUUGCAUUCAUGUUUUCACUGAUACCAAGCCAAGUGUGCAUUAUAAUUUGAAUGUCCCGUUGAAUGAACAGUUAUCCGUUAAUUUGUUCAUUAUCAUGCAACAUUUACAUCAAGCUGUAUCUGUUUGUUUGUGCAGACUACGUGAUUCUUAUGCAUCGCUUAUGUCAGCUGGUGCCUGUCUAAGAGCAAGAUAUGAACUUUCAAAAACCCACUGUAACGAUACUCAGCAACUGUCUUAUUUACGUAUUGCUCGAGGUCGCGCACGUCUUUUCGAAUCAGAAGCCGUUGCUCGAGAUAAUAUUGGUCGCAUAUUUAAUGAAGAGGUUAACCCUCAUAUUCUUAAUCUAAUAAACCUAUUGGAACGUAUAUACCAUAGUUUACGUCACUUAACUGGAAAUACUUUCUUAUUUGGUCCAUUUUGCAAUCAGAAUAUUAUGUCUUGCAAUGACGGAAACUUGACUUUACUAAACUCCAAACAAUGGGUUGUCGAGUCGCUCAAAUAUGUGAAAAAAUUAGUUCAUUUGUCAAAUGUAAUACCAAAGUUUAACUUUUCUCUCUUUAUUGAAACAUCUUUUCAUCUAUUAGAAUAUCUAACUAUUGAUGUAACUAGACAUCUUCAUUUAGUUAUGGAAAAAGUGUUAUCUUUCAAGAAUCAACUAUCGCAGACCUAUACAUCCAUUACUAAUUCUUGGAUUCCAGCUUACAAAGGUUUAUCCACUGAAGUUAAUUCACGUGCUGAUAUUGACUUGAAGUAUUUCUUUUCGUCACUGCAAAGCCAGUAUGAUGUAAUUGAGGUUUGGGCUCGACGUCAGCAUGAAACAGAAUUAAGAUCUAUUGGUAACGAAAUGAUAAACCUUCUCAAGAUACUUGCUAAAUGCUGGAAUUGUCAGUGGCUAUAUAGAAAUUUGAAGUUACCAUGUCCUGUUUUAAGUAUUCCAUAUGGUUCCAAAAAUAAUUCAUCUCAUUUAUUUCUGAAAGAACCUGGCAUAAUUUCGUUAUCGUCUUGGCCACCAGUUCAUCCCAGUUUUAUUCUUACUCAACAUAUAGUCCAAACAAACUCACAGGAACACACCAAUCAGAACGUUAGUUCUCUCAGCAAUGAUACACAGGAGUUUGUCUACUCAAAACUGACAUUUUCGCAAGAUACUUCGACUAGAAUAUCCAGUUCUAACCUAAAAACAGAAUUACCUUCCAUCGUUAAUAAUAAAAGCCAUAAGGCUGGUGCAUGUCAUUUUUCACCGAGCAAUAAUUUUGUUUGUGAAACGCUGUCUAGUGAGCAGGUUAGUGUUACUUCAGAUUUAAGUGUUAAAUCUCCUGUACCGCAAACUGUCAGUUAUCAUUUUCCUAGCUGUCCACCUGAUAUAAAUAUUUUCACCCCUUCUGACCAAUUUCUUCCAGUUGAUAGCACGACAAAUACAUCCACGUUUGCAUCAUCAGAUCUUCGCAGUCAUCGAACUACUGGAAAAUUAUCAACUACUAAAAAUUUACUUACUCAGCCGACUUUAAAAAACAACUCGAAUUUGCUGAACUCAGAUAUUAGAGAAACUAACUACCAUGAUUCAUCUUUUGUUAGUGUAAAUAAUCCUUUAGUUACUGACGUCAGUAACAGUAGGCUGGAGUUUGAUUUAACAGACACCAAUAAAAAAUCGUCUAAAGAAGCAACACUGGUGGAAUCAUGUGUUCAAAAUUUGUGUGAACCUUGCCAGAAUCACCCUACAUCCAUUUUGAGUGACAAUGAAUCAAAAAAAGAUGCCUAUUCAGUUGAUACACAAUAUUGUAAUGCUCAUAGUGAGACUAAUGUUAAUCAAGAUUAUCAGAUUACAGAUGAUAUUUCACCACCUGUCGAGUGCUUACUCACAGUCUCUCAAGAUAAUGACCCAUUAUUUCAGAACAAUCUACGAAUAUCAUAUACACCAACUUUCAAGAACUUGAUAGCAUGCGAUACCAAUCAAAUCGAGGACGGCUAUUCAGAUCAGUCUUCAGUUGGAGUAAAUCAUCCGAUCAUAUCUCCAAAUGUUGCAAAUACAGUCAUUUCAAACUCAUCAACCUUAUCGAACUCACUACAAAAGACUUGUAAUGGACAUGCUAAAAUACCCCCACAUACAUCUCCAUCCAUUUGUGAUAAAGAUAUCAUCACUGAAAAUAGAGUUUUUCCUACUAUUUCUCCCAAGAAUGCUGAUAUUGAGAACUCAAAGUCCAAAUUUUCUCAGCCCCCACGAGAUGUUCACGAUCGGAAUGGUUCGCUAGAUGAAAGUGUUCCCAUCUCAGGUUCGAAGUCUGAUCUACCCAUUUCCUCAAGCUCAUACGACCCAGUCUCCACAAAUUCCAAAACUUGUGAUCAUCACGCAAUGAAUCCCUUUUCGGGAGAUGCUUUUGCUAAAUCACAAAGAUGUUCAUGUCCUCCUCUAGAAGAAAAUAAGGCUAGUAAUAAUAUCAGUUUCGUUAAUAAUAAAACGAGUGAGCUAGUAGGAUCUACUGACAUGUGUAAAAAGCAGUCGAAAGAAAAAUCUGUUAAAAAAGUGUGUAUUUACCUACCGGAUAAUGCUAUUACUAAUUCUCCUACUAAAGAUAUUGUGUCUCAUUGUAAUAGUGAAGAAAAUCAUGAAGUAUCCGACGAACCAGAUAAUUGUAUAAUAUCCCUUGACAGACGACGAGCUGGGAAGCUUAAACGAAGGUUAAAAAAAAUUAACCACUCGACAUUCGAAAUACAAACAUCCACUACUUCCUCCGAUACCUCAGACACUUCUCAAAUCAUUCUUGUAAAUAACAGCGAAAGAGCUUCCAAAGAUAUACAAGCAAUGAAUAAUAUAUGUUACAAGCCGAUCACUAACAGUAUUUCGUUUGAGGGAACUCUGCUCAAUUCAUAUAAUUUAACUAACAUCGAUGAAACCCACUCAGUAAAUAACAUCAAACCUGUUACUCCUUGGCCAAAAGAGAAAUCUUUGCAUCCGCAAGCUCCUGGUCCAGUCACAGCCGCUAUAUUAGGCCAGUCUGUUCCCGUAUUAUCUUCUGAUAUUUCAAUUGAUCUAACUGUUGAUGAUUAAAAUAGGCUUAGUUUUAACAUUAAAUAGCAUCUAAACUAAGUUCCGAUCAGAACAUCCACUACUUACAAAAAUUUGUGUAUAAUCUUGUACAUAUUUAUUGCUCUCCAAUUCUAUACCAAGAUUCAUUUUGUGCAUUUCACUGAAUUUUACUCUGCGUCAACUAUUUUUAUAGCUUCAUUUUAUGAUACAUUUAUUUAAUUUUACAGGGUUUUAAUUAUGUAACGAAUUCCUUGUAGCAUAAUUUUUUGUCAAUUUUACCAAUAAAAUAGUUCAUUUUCUUGA